GCUUGCGUGAUGACGUCGGCUCAGGUCGCUGCAGGCAGCAGCUGCAGGAUCGGGACGCGCUGACUACAACGACGAGCGAAAACUAGAGCCCUCUCCCGGUUCCGAAUGAGCAGAUCUGCCGCCGGAGCUCGGUUCUAGGCCCUCGCCGUCCCGCGGAGGAUCCCGCUGGCGCGUGGUUCGGCGGGAAUGAGCCGCUAGGCGCCGCGUUCGGCCAAUGGUCGCUGCGAGGACUCCGGUCUUGUGGAUUAUCCGUCGUCGCCGCGCCAGUCUGAUGGUGGAGCCCGGAGGAGGCCGCGCUCCGCUGGAUGGAUGUUCGUGAAGCAGCGCCGGUGAAGACGCCGCGCGCCUCCGGCCGCCAGUGGGCGAACUGAGCGUGGAUGUCCGGGCUUGGCGGCCCCUUCACAGACACUCUUCUCCCGCCGCAGCGCUCCUCCGCCCCGAAACCUGGACGCCUCUGGAGCAGUUUAUGACGACCCUGGUCGGAGCGUGAUGAGCGCGCGCUUCCGCUUGCCUGCUGGCAGAUCCUACAAUGUCCGGGCGACCGAGCUGGAGCGAGACAGGCAGCACACGCAGGUUGUGUGCAACGUUCUGCUGCUGGACAACAGCGUCCAGGCCUUCAAAGUCAGCAAGGCGGAUCACGGUCAGGUGCUGCUGGACGCCGUCUUUAAGCACUUGGAGCUGACGGAGAGAGACUACUUCGGCCUCCACGUGGCUGAUGACGCCUCAGACGCGCCGCGCUGGCUGGAUCCCAACAAGCCCAUCAGGAAACAGCUAAAAAGAGGAUCUCCGCACAACUUGAGUUUCAGAGUCAAGUUUUUCGUGACGGACCCCAACAAACUGCAGGAGGAGUACACGCGGUACCAGUACUUCCUCCAGAUCAAGCAGGACGUCCUAACGGGACGACUACCGUGUCCCAACAACACCGCCGCCCUGCUGGCGUCUUACGCCGUUCAGUCCGAGCUGGGGGACUACAACGAGGCCGAGCACAGCUCCGGAUACCUGUCCGACUUCUGCUUCAUCCCGACCCCCCCUCAGGACUUCCACAAGGAGGUGUCCAAGCACCACCAGCAGCACAGCGGGCUGUCCCCCGCCCAGGCGGAGUUCAACUACCUGAACACGGCGCGGACGCUGGAGCUGUACGGGGUGGAGCUGCACUAUGCAAGGGACCAGAGGAACGCAGAGAUUCUCAUCGGGGUGAUGUCUGCCGGCGUCGUGGUGUACCAGAACCGGGUUCGGAAAAACUUCUUCCAAUGGUUGAAAAUUGUGAAAAUUUCCUUCAAGUCGAAACAGUUUUUCAUCCAACUGAGAAGAGAGGCAACGGAGACCCGAGAGACGCUGCUGGGCUUCAACAUGGUGAACUACCGGGCCUGCAAGAACCUGUGGAAGGCCUGCGUGGAGCACCACACCUUCUUCCGGCUGGAGCAGCCCAUCCCUCCCCAGAAGAACUUCUUCGCUCACUACUUCUCUCUGGGCUCCAAGUACAGAUACUGCGGGCGGACGGAGGUCCAGUCGGUCCAGUACGGGAAGGAGAAGGCGGUUAAGGAUCGAGUGUUUGCCAGGUCUCCCAGCAAACCGCUGGCCAGGAAGUUGAUGGGCGGGACGGACUGGGAGUCGGUCAGCAGGAACAGCCUAUCAGACGAGAGGCUGGAGACCCAGAGCCUGCCCACUCGCUCGCCCCCCGGCACCCCCAGCCAGAACUCCCUGUUCGUCCAGGAGGGCACGCGCCUGCGCCCCUCCUCCGUCGGUCACCUGGUCGAUCAUGUGAUCCACGCCUCCCCCAGCCUGCCCGUCUUCUCCUCCAAUCACAAGUCGGCGUCGUCCACGCAGGCCAACAGCAUCAGCCUGGACUCCACGCCGUCUCCAGAAGGCGUGGAGGGUCAGCCCCCGGCGCUGCCCCCCAAACAGCUCAGCAGGAAGACGCUGAGCCAGAUCAUCCAGGCCCACUCUCAGCAGAGCCUGUUGGACAACCACGUCAAUGAGAUGUACGACGUUCCCGCCAACCCCGAGAAGACCACGCUGAACGGCGUCGUCCCGCACGAUAACUUGGUUUUGAUCAAGAUGAGGCCCGACGAGCACGGACGCUUCGGCUUCAACGUGAAGGGGGGCGCUGAUCAGAAGAUGCCCAUCAUCGUGUCCCGCGUGGCUCCAGGAACAUCGGCGGACCUGUGCGUGCCCCGCCUCAACGAGGGCGAUCAGGUCGUCCUGAUCAACGGGCGGGACAUCUCUGACCACACCCACGACCAGGUGGUCAUGUUCAUCAAGGCCAGCUGCGAGAGCCACUCCGGCGAGCUCAUCCUGCUGGUCCGACCAAACGCCAAUUACGACGUGGUGGAGGAGAAGGCGGAGUCUGAGCCAGAUUUUCAGUACAUCCCCGAGAAGUGCCCCCAGGACCCAGCCCAGGUGGACCAGCACGCCCUGAGCGACUCCAUGUCGGUGCUGAGGGAGGGCCUGAGCAGCGGCGCCGUCCUGGCCCAGUUUGAUCAACUGUACAGGAAGAGGCCGGGCAUGACCAUGCUGUGCGCCAAGUUACCCCAGAACGUCUCCAAAAACCGUUACAGAGACAUCUCUCCCUAUGAUGCUACGCGGGUCAUCCUGAAGAGCACAGACGACUACAUCAACGCAAACUACAUCAACAUGGAGAUUCCCGCUUCCAGCCUGAUCAACCGCUACAUCGCGUGCCAGGGGCCGCUGCCCACAACCUGCUCCGACUUCUGGCAGAUGACCUGGGAGCAGGCCUCGUCCAUGGUGGUGAUGCUGACCACGCAGGUGGAGAGGGGGCGGGUGAAGUGCCACCAGUACUGGCCCAACCCGGACAGCAGCGCCACCUACGGAGACUUCGCCGUCACGUGUCUGAACGAGGAGGGCAGCGCGGCCUUCCUGGUCCGGGAGAUGACCCUCACCGACGUGAAGAGUGGCCAGCAGAGGGAGCUCACGCAGAUUCAGUACCUGGCGUGGCCGGAUCACGGCGUUCCUGACGACUCCACAGACUUUCUGGACUUCGUGGCUCUGGUCCGGAGCAAACGUGCCGGUCAGGACCAGCCGGUGGUGGUGCACUGCAGCGCGGGCAUCGGCCGGACCGGCGUCCUCAUCACCAUGGAGACGGCGCUGUGCCUGAUGGAGUGCGGUCAGCCGGUGUAUCCCCUGGACAUCGUCCGGACCAUGAGGGACCAGCGGGCCAUGAUGAUUCAGACGCCGAGCCAGUACCGCUUCGUGUGCGAGGCCAUCCUGAAGGUGUACGAGGAGGGGCUGGUCAAACCCUCCAGAGCGCCAGUCUACGUGCAGAGAGAGAGGAGCAGUGAGGAGGUGGAGGAGGAGAAGGAGGUGCAGAGGGACGAGGGCGAGGAGGUGGUGGCGGCGGCGGCGGCAGAGCUGCUGGACGGGGGGCUGGACGAAGAGGAGGACGACGAUGACGAGGAGGUGGAGGUGCUAGAUGUGGGAGAGGUGACGGAGGAGGAGGACGAGGAGGUGGAGGAGCCGAGCGUGGCCAGCGCCACCAGCGUGACGAGUGAGACCAGCGCCAACCCGGACCCUGAAAACCCGUGAAGCCCGCGGGGGGGCUCUGGGACGGCGCCGCGGGGAGAACAAAAGCACUGUUGCACUUUAUGCUGACAAAAAUGGAAACGGGACAAAGGAGAACCCCUGAAGGAGCCGCCGGCUCCUCCGAUGCCCGGCUCAGAACCCAGAAACAAAGAAAAGUACGAACUCGUCGAUGUGGACGGGGAGUCGUCGUAGUGCCAUAUGUACGAAGAGGAGGCGGCGCCCCUCCGCUCACGUUUUUUAGCCACAGGGUCGCCCUUUCUGAGCGCGUCUGCCAGACGGACCCGCCUUUUCUAUCGUCCUAGCUGAUGCAGAGAGACCUUUUCUUCUGUUCCAGAGUAUUUAUUGUGUUUUAGUUGGUCCCGGCCUGUCCACUGAUCAAAAGCUGGAUGUUUUGUUCGUACGCGUCUCGAGCUUCAUGCUUUCCCGGAUAACCUUAGCUAGUGCGGUAGUGUGACUCCUCCCCCUCCCGCCUCCUUUCUGUUGCGUUUUGUGGGGAAGUGAUUUUAUUUAUUGCACUCGCUCGGGUCUUUCUCACCUGUGCUGCGGUGCUGUGGCGCGUUCGAUGCUUCCUCCCGCUAUGUUCCGUGUUCCCGCUUCGGUCCGAGCCGUCACGCUGAGAUCUUUUCCUUCCUGCCGGAGUGUCCUUGAGCCAGACGCUCGGCCGCCGUCUGAGUGCUUUUAUAUGCAACCGCUUUUCCUUUUUCCUCACAGCUUUUAUUGAGAACUACUGAAGUGAUCCGACCGCACGCUGCAGCGGGUCACUCCGGACCCUGACCCGGCUGCAGCGUGUUAACGGGUCACCCUAGACCCUGAUGCAGCUCCAGCGGGUCACCAGGUAAUUCUGGACCCAGAUGUAGCUCCCAACGGGUCUUAUCAAACCCUGACCUGACUCCAUCACUGGGUCAUCCAAGACCCUGACCCAGUUCCAGCGGGUCAUUCUGGACCCUGAUCCCGCCACAGUGAGACCAGGUCAUUCCGGACUGUGACCUGGUUCUAGAAGGUCAUCGGGUCAUUCUGGACCCUGAUGCAGCUCUGACGGGUCACUGGAUCAUCCCAGACCCUGACCCAUUUCCAGCGGUUCACCGGGUCGUUCCAGACCCUGACAUGGGUUCAAUGGGUCAUUCUGGACCCUGGCCCUGCUACAGUGGGAUCAGGUCUUUCCAGAUUCUGACCUGGUUCCAGAAGGUCACCGGGUCAUUCUAGUCACUGGCCCCACUACAGAGGGACCGGGUCAUUUCAGACUUCAGUGGGUCACCGAGGCCCGCUGCCAUUAGUGAAAAACGAAUCUGCCUCCUUUCAAUCAAUCGGUACAUUUUUGCGUGGAGAGUUUGUUUGCUUUAGGUCAGCUGUUUGUUGGGGGCGGGGUCUUCAGUCAUCAUCUCGCUCAGCUGUUUCACUCUCUUCCAUCAGCCGCCUGUAAACUGGAAAAGCUCCCAGGAUCCUCCUGGGAUCCUGGGAUCUCCAUUUCCACCAUUGUGGAGGAGAUCCUGGAUCCUCCUCUCCACCUUCUCCUUUUGUCUUUCACAACCCCCCCCCACCACGCAGCACCGGUUCCCUCCCCUUAGUCGGUCCGAACGCCUCCUUUUGGACCGUCACGCGCUGAUCAGAGCAGAGCAUCAUGGGUAUAGAAGCACAGCUCCUUUUCCAGGCUGCUCGGCUGACCUUUCACCCCGAGAGCCGACCUCUAAAGAAUCCGAAAAGCUCCAGAAAAAUGGCCGCCAGCUCCACUAAAGGAAAUGUUUUUUUUGUUGUUUUGUAUUUUGAUCAGUGGCGUUUGAGGCGGGGCCACAGCCUCUGAAGGGGCGGGGUCAGAGUCGGUACUGUAGUCAUGGAGGCGGAGCUUGGUGGAGUUUUGUAGAGAACAGGUCAGGUGUAUCUGAUGGGGAGGGGGCAGCACUUUGUAGAAGGCCUGGGGGGGCAGGUAGAGCUACUGGAAGAAGAGAAGUUGGAGUCAAACUGCGUCGUUAAGUGAGGUGUUUUAUUUUUAAUUUAUGGCUUUUAUUUUGUUUGAGAAGAAGACACUUGUAAAGACGAGGAGAAGAACUAACUACACAGUGCCACUUGUUAAUCUUGUGUAAAUACUAGACCCUGUAAAUACAAUGUUGUAUAUGAAAAAAUCUUUAAAUAAAAGGGAAAAUCAUUUGUGAGCA